UGAGGAAGGAGGGGAUGGGAAAUGCCUGAAGAGUUUUGGUGUGCUCAUAGGCUCACCGAAGAUUUAGAGCUAACUGGAAGGAAUCUAGAUCAACCCCCUCAUUUUACAGAGAAACUGAGGCCCGGAGAAAUCACCAAGAUUCCAGCCCAGGCCACCCCGCCCCCACCCCCUAAUGUUGAUGACGCAGUCUGCCCGGAAAGGGAAGUUGAGGGAGGGAGUGGGGCCCUAGCAAGACGGCAGGACCAGCUUCAGGCUCUGCUCUUCCUCAUGUGGCUCCACCUGCUCUGGGGUACCACACUCCUUUCCCAGUUCUUGGGGACUGCCCCGGUCUCCAGGCACUGCGGCUUUCUGGACUACUGGGACCCAAAACGCAGAUGCUGCAGACGGUGUCUAGAGCGCUUCGGACCCCCCAACUGCCCGGAUUACGAGUUCACCCAGCAUUGUGGGCUCAGCGACCGAGGGGACCACCUGGAUGUCCCAUUUGCUCCGUGCCCACCUGGGCUAUGCAACAGGAACUGGGCCGAGCAGUGCAGUCCAUGCCUGGACCAUCCUCAGCCCCAAUCUGGGGCCCCUUCCCAACCCCCAGCAGCCCUACGAAGACGAUCCAGAAACAGCUGUCGUGAGGAACCUGUACCCUCCAGGAAUCCAUGCCAAUGGGAAAAUGUAACAAUACCCACGAAAUCCUUAUCUUCAGCAAGCUCCCUAGGUCCAGGACCAACCAGUGGGCCUCCUACAUCCCUCAGGCCCUGGGUAACUCAAAAACCCUUUACAGGGAGCACAGCCUGGUAUGUAGUGGGCAUCACUGCCCUCCUGGUGGGAGGCCUGCUUGUUUCAGCUGCCUUGCACACAUUAUUGGGGAGGGCUGAAAACAAGGAGAAGGCAGCAGAAGCUGGGGAAGCCUGCAAGUUCUUCCCCCUAACGGAGGGAUCUGUGCCCCCCAUCUUGGCACGCCAGCCCCUCUCACGACUUCUGGAUGAGCUGGAGGUAUUGGAAGAGCUGGUUGUCUUGCUGGACCCUGAGCCGGGGCCCCAUGGGGGCUCCGCCUGGGGAACCACCCGCCACCUGGCUGCCCGUUACGGCCUUCCAGCCUCCUGGGCCACCUUUGCUUACUCCUUGCGGCCAGCACAUUCCCCACUUCGUGCCCUGCUGGAGACAGUGACUGCUCGUGAUCCCACUGCCCAGCUGGGUCAGCUGGUUGACCACCUGGGCCAACUGGGGCGUGGCGAUGCCCUGGAUGUGCUGCACAAGCUCAGGUGAGGUCGCCAGGCCAGCAGCUGCCCAACUCCUCAGGCCCCCCACACUUGGGUCUGCAGACCCUGCUCAGCUGUGCUUGGGGCACUCCCUGCCUCCAGUGAUUGGAACAA